GUAAGGUUACAAAUUCCAUUCAUUUAGUAAAAGAUAUGGCUGACGUGGACGGAGAAUUUAAAGAGAACCCUGGUAUUUCUGUUGAUUUGGAGGGUGAUAUAACAGUACCAGGAGCACCUGAUGAAGAAGAUGAUUUAUCAACAUUGGAUGAACCGGUUAGAGUAACAGUACUUCGAGAUGUUAAAGCUGUUGGAAAGAAAUUUGUUCAUGUUUUAUGGCCAAAAGAAAGUAGAGCUUUAUUAAGAGAAUGGGAUCUUUGGGGGCCAUUGAUUCUUUGUAUCUUUCUAGCAAUGAUGUUGCAAGGUUCAACUAAAACUAUUGAUAGCAGUAAUGAUGGAGGGCCUCAAUUUGCCGAAGUUUUUGUUAUUUAUUGGGUUGGAGCAUUUAUAGUUACAUUGAAUAUAAAACUUUUAGGAGGAUCUAUAAGUUUCUUUCAGUCUGUUUGCGUGCUAGGGUAUUGUGUUCUUCCACUGGCUGUCUCACUAAUAGUAUGCCGAAUAAUACUAUUAGCAGAAACACAAUCAGUAGUACUAUUUAUAAUAAGAUGUGUGGUUGUUCUAAUUGCCUUUGGUUGGUCCACUUUCGCCUCAACAGCUUUUCUAUCGGAAAGUCAACCGCCAAAAAGAAAAGCGUUAGCAGUAUAUCCAAUUUUUCUUUUCUACUUUGUAAUCAGUUGGCUUGUUAUAUCUCAUACUCAUACCUAA